CCGAGGGCACGAAUGUAUGGGCCCUUCGAGAGGGGACGUGUCCGAGGUUAAUUUAACUUUCAACUUAUAUAAGUUUAUGUGGAGAGGACGGGGAAUAUAUAGCCACGAAACAGCAGGGAUGGGCUUCAAGAAGCGACUGAACCUAGAACAAGAUAGAUAUCAAGUGGAAGGACGAUGACAAGGAGGAAGAAGACUUGGGCGACAGGCAGCAGGUGAGGGGCAGACUGGUGCCUAUUCAUUCUUCCCAUUGGUGGCGGGCCACGUCCUGGAUGCUCCCACACCAACAAACAACACCUUCCCAUCAGACCAGCAGAGCAGCAGAAAUUCUCAAUGGUAGCCCGUUAUGCAAUCAGAAAGGGAUUCAUUCGAUUCCCCGGAGAAAGUUGGCUGGCUCAUGGCGGCCCUUUUUCGGCUUUACCUCUCCUACUCGUCAGGCUCGUUCCGGUUUGGGUGGCUACAAAAGACGGUGGACCUCAAGGUGCGUUGUAGGGACACCACUAGCGAUAAGGCAGUUUUUCCAAUAUCCUCGGAUCUCCUAAAGGCCAUCCAUAAGUGUGAGAGAGUUACCGCGCCAGAGAAAUCUCGGGGCCUCCCAAGUGACUGGGGUUUCUCUGGCUUCAUGAAGACCGCAGCCCACCAGGUUCUAGACGAAGUUCCCUUUACGCAGUCUGAAGAAUUCCAUGGCCCACUCUUUAGAUGGCUGGGCGUUGGCAUCAUGAUCAAUUCCUACCCCGCCAUUAAGGGGGUCCAAAUCUUCAUCAUAACCACUGGAGCUGCAUAAUUCGG